AUGGCGGCCGCUCGCUAUCCCUCCGAUGUUUACGGACGAGAAACCAACUACUCAAACCCGUUCAUGUCGCUAACCAAUGUGGAGGACAACAAUCAAGUUACUGUGAAAGCUUACGAGCGCAAGGCUGAGAGAAAACGCGAACAUUAUAACCCAUUCCUGUGUGAUGAAAGUUGCACUGCCGCACUUUCUAAUGGAGAAGAUCUGUUCGCGCCGUUCGACAGCCCCGCCCAUUUUUCACCCACAAAUCCUUUUAGUAGAGGCAACAGUCAAAGCCACGGCUCCGUGAGAAGGCCAGACAUGCACCUUUUCACAUAUCCCACUCCAGACAUGCCAUUUAAGGGGCACUAUGAAGUCACAAAUCCCUUUGCCAAUGUUCACAUGGGAAGUUUUGUACAUAGCACACCAGCUAUAUCCAAACCCGAAGCCAGUACGUUUCCCAUGCCAUAUUCUUCUAUUAAUCCAGACAUGACUGUAAAACAUGGACAUUUUCCAUUGCGCCAGGCCGGUCCCUCAUCUCCAACACGUAAGAGCCGCUCUGCGCCCCGUCAGCCUCCUCUGUCGGACAGUGAUGAGGACUAUAACCCCAAAGAGAGAGUCCCCACUCUACGUCCCGGCCAGUACGACGGCAGCACACCGUGGAGAGAGUUUCUGCACAGGUUUGAGAGUUGCGCGGAGGCAAAUCACUGGUCAGUCAAAACAAUGGCUAUUCAGCUGAAAUUCUGCCUCACCGGAGCUGCAGGCGCCAUCGUCCACAGAAACCCCCGUUCAUCCAAAUGGGACUACCGCCGCCUGCUGGAGGAACUCGAAACUGCUUAUGGCCCUUCUUCAGAUCAUGCAGCGGCUGUAGCCAUAGAGCUGAGGCAAAGAGUGCGUAAACCAGGUGAGGCGCUUCAUGUGUUCAGGGAUGACAUUUAUGGAAAAGUAUCCAUAGCUUAUGGUGACUGGUCAGAGGCUGAGCAAGACGCUAUAGCGGUUGAAGUUUUCACAAACGGCCUGGGUGAUGCAGAGCUAGUUCAGAGACUGUUAGAAAACCGUCCAGCUACCCUAGCUAAAGCUUAUGAGAUAGCCCACCGUCAUGACACUACCAAGAGAGCUGCUUCCUAUGUCACCAACAUCAUGCAGCCAGGGGCCCGCAGCCUCAUUGAACGCAGGCCCCGGGCCGCUGUUGUCAGAGAAAGAGACAAAACUGAGACUGUGACUACCACUACCUCUGCAGUUAGCCCAUCACCCACUCACUUUGACGCGCGCACAUCUGCAAAAACACCGAAGCCGCACAAGAACUUUAAAAGGGGUGACAUUCGCUGCUAUAACUGUAAUGGUUGGGGUCACAAGCAGAGUCAGUGCUCAUCCCCGCUACGGAAUACAGAGACUUUCCGUUCAAAGGCCGCCAAAGGAAGCCCGCUGACCACUGUGUUCCACCUUAAAAGCCAGAGUCGUGAAAUGAACAUUCACAUGCGCAUAUCUGAGCUGGAGGUAUGUGCAGUCCUGGACAGUGGAGCGCGGAGGAGCGUGCUGCCCCUUCACCAAUACAACGCCAUUCACCAAGAUGUAAGACCACCGCUUCAGUCAUCCAUCGUUGAGACUUUGCUCGGGGUGGGACCAGGGGACGUGCCAGUGCUUGGUGAGGCCAAGGUACCGGUCAGUAUCAACAACCGUCAAGUUGAGGUGGACUUCCUUGUAGCGGACAUAGAGGGCAAUGAGGUGCUGCUUGGCCAUCCUUUCCUCACCCAAGCUGAGGCCCGCCUUGAUUUCGGUAAGCACCGCAUAAUUCUGUUUGGAGAAGAAGUGCCCUACUUUCACCCAGAGACUGUUCCAAAGUCACACGCUGUAAGAGUUGCCAGAACUGUUGUGGUUGAAGCGGGACAAGAGUACCUAGUCAAGGGCAAUGUGCACUUUUGCAGAGAAGCCCAGGGAGACAUGAUGCUUAGCCCCACAAAAGGCUUUGUUGAAAAGCACAAAGUACUCAUUGCCAGAGCCCUAGUCAAUGCACAGCCCACCAACAUCGUUCCAUUACGCCUCUUUAACCCUGGCAACAAGGCUGUGACUAUUAAAGAAGGUGCCAUUGCAGGUCUCCUCCAGCCAGCUGAAGCUCUGUCCUCGUCCAGUGUUCCCACAGCGGCAGACUUUCCAGCCAGCCUCCCUGCAGUUCCAGAGCACCUCCAGGAGCUCUAUGCCCAGAGUUCCACUGACUUUAAUGACAAUGAAAAACUUGAAUUAUCUAACCUGUUGUGUGUCUAUGAAAGUGUCUUUUCCAGGGGACCUGGUGAUCUGGGCCGGACCAGUCUUGUGCAGCAUGACAUCAUAACCCGGCCGGGACCUCCAGUGAAGCAGCCUCCUCGUCGUAUGGCUGGGGAAAAGCAGCGAAGCGCAGAACAGCAGAUCAGUGAGGGCCUCCAGAGCGGCAUCGCCACACGCAGCCACAGCAGUUGGGCCUCGCCGAUCGUUAUGGUGCGUAAAAAGGAUGGGACUUAUCGCCUUUGUAUAGACUACAGGGCACUCAACAGCCACACCAUCACUGACGCGUACCCGCUACCCCGCAUCCAAGACACGCUGGACACUCUCGCCACAGCCAAAUGGUUCAGCACUUUGGAUCUUGCUGCAGGUUACUGGCAAGUUGAGCUAACACCAAGAGCCCGCCGCGCAGCCGCCUUUUGCACCCGUAAUGGACUAUUUGAAUGGAACGUUAUGCCAUUCGGGUUAUGUAACGCGCCGGCGACGUUCCAACGCCUUAUGGACCGCGUCCUUGCCGGCAUGCAGUGGGAGACCUGUCUCGUCUACCUGGACGACAUCAUCGUGCUGGCCAAGAAUGUGCCCGAGAUGCUGCAGCGACUGAGCCAAGUGUUCCAGAGACUUAAACAGGCAAAUCUCAAACUGAAACCAGCCAAAUGCUGCCUGUUCCGCCGCCAAGUUGCCUAUCUAGGUCAUAUUGUGUCUGAGCACGGUGUGGCCACUGACCCCAAUAAAGUCAGCAAAGUCAAAGCCUGGCCCACUCCCACAUCAGUUCAAGAGGUCAGACGUUUCAUUGGCCUCGCCUCCUACUAUCGCAGGUUUGUGAAAGACUUUGCCUCCAUUGCCGAACCGAUACAUAACCUGACUAAGAAGAAUGCACACUUCCAGUGGCACGCUGAACACCAAGCCGCCUUUGACACGCUCAAGCACCGCCUUACCACAGCCCCUGUCUUAGGCUAUCCACUGGACCAUGGUGAAAUGAUCCUGGACACCGAUGCCAGCGACACCGGUAUCGGCGCGGUCCUGUCGCAAAUGCAGGGUGGCACAGAACGCGUGUUGGCAUACGGCAGCCGCAAACUAGCCAAAGCUGAACAGAACUAUUGCACUACGAGACGGGAGUUGCUAGCCAUUGUCGAUUUCACAUCGCAUUUUCGGCAGUACCUACUUGGGAGGCCUUUCAAGGUACGAACCGACCACAGCAGCCUGCGCUGGCUCACGCGCAUGAAAGAGCCGGAAGGUCAGUUAGCCCGGUGGCUUGAGAAGCUAGCGGAGUAUGAGUUCGAAAUCAUCCAUCGCCCAGGUCGCUUACACACGAAUGCUGACAGUCUCUCCCGCAGGCCCUGCCGCCAGUCCUGUCCUUGUAAUCUGCAGGAUCCUUCCUUGCAGCAGAGAACCAUGAGUCACCAGGCAAUUCAGUGUGAUUUGGACUCUGACAUCAGCUCCCUGUUGCUGAGUCCGGUGGGGGUAAGCGCUGGUAAUGUUAGCAACACAGACACUUUAAAACAAACAGAGAUUAUUUAUGUGACAAACACAAACGAGAUCAGACUGUUUCCUGGCUGGACUUUGGAGGAGUUGCGCCAGGCUCAAGCUGCUGAUACAGACAUUGCACCAAUCAGAGCUUGGUUAGGGGUCAGCAGUGAGCGGCCCCCGUGGGUCACAGUCUCCCCAUGCAGCCCAGCCACCAAAACGUACUGGAGUCAAUGGAGAAGACUGUACUUCAGAGAUGGAGUACUGGUCCGCCGCUUUUACUGUUUAGACGAUACACAGUUCUAUCCUCAAAUUGUUCUCCCGCGCAAGAUGCAACCCGAUGUUAUGCGCCAAAUGCAUGAAGGGCCAGUAGGUGGACAUUUUGGUAUUGAAAGGACGGUGGCCAGACUUCAAACCAGAUACUACUGGUACCACAUGAGAGAAGAUGUGGCCCUCUGGUGCCGGACUUGUACAAAUUGCGCAUGCAGAGCCAGACCCCACAAGACUCCACAAGCGCCUAUGGGAACUGUCAGAGUUGGAGCCCCCAUGGAGCGCAUUGCACUGGACAUUAUGGGCCCACUCAAUGAGACAGAGCGUAAGAACAGUUAUAUACUCGUAAUACAGGAGUAUUUCACAAAAUGGACUGAAGCAUUCGCAAUCCCUGACGAAAAGGCUGUGACAGUGGCAAACGUUGUGGCAACUGAAUGGGUGUGUCGCUUUGGAAUGCCUCACUCUCUGCACAGCGAUCAAGGACGCAAUUUUGAAUCAGGGGUAUUCCAAGAAAUGUGCCGUUUGUUUGGCAUCGACAAAACCCACACUACACCAUUCAGACCGCAGUCCGACGGCCAAGUUGAACGUUUCAACGCCACACUACAAAAGAUCCUGGCCUCUACUGCAGAGCACUGUCACUGGGAUUGGGACCUGAUGAUCCCAUAUGCAGUUAUGGCCUACAGAGCGACCAAGCACAGCGCUACUGGUUUCACCCCCAACUUCAUGAUGUUCGGCCGUGAAAUAAGUGAGCCAGUGGACCUUGUGGCUGGUUUGCCCCCUGACUCUGAACAUGCAACUUCAGCCUCUGAGUAUGUGCAACAAAUGCGUGAGCGGUUGGAACUGGCUCAUAACAUCACCCGAGAAGCCCUCGGUGAGUCAGUCACACGUGCAAAAAGACAAUACGACAAAAACGCUUGCCACACACAGUACAAAGUCGGCGAUGCGGUGUGGUAUCUUAUCAAAGGAACACGUCAUGUCCGAAACAAAGUUAAAAAGUUCCUCCCCUCCUACGAAGGACCCUACUUUGUUAUGGGACAUUUAGACGACUUAGUCUACCGGAUCCAAAAGGGUCCCAGAGCUAAGGUCAAAGUCGUCCACCAUGAUCAACUCAAAUGCUACCGCAGCCGUGAGCCCCUGGACAACACCUGGGUCCUGGACCAAUCCCAGAACUGGACGCCUUCUGAGAUCCUGCCACCGGAUGUGGACGGGCACCCAGCAGACCGUGAGGAUCUCGGCCUGCACAGCCUCUACUCUACUGCCUCGAGUGAUGGCCCCAGCGACUCCUGGCCGUCCACUCCACCUGCUACUAAUUCUCACAUUAUCGGGUCUCUUCCAUCCACUCCUUCCCAUGUGAUACUUGGCCAUGGUGGGGGUGCGGUGGGAGAUCCACACCACCAGUCUCCGCGUGAACCUCGGCCCCAACGUCAGCGCCGAGGACCGCUCCGGUAUGGGGACUGGGUCACUGAGUGAGUCACCUAUGACAGUUCAUAUUUGCACUAGAGACUUUACAGUUUACGUUUUUGGACUCUAGUCUAGUUU